AUGGCGCAACAGUUUCGGAAGACUCAGAUGAAGUUUCAUCUCCAGAUGUACUGUCGACUGGUCUUGGUCAUUAAUUACGAUCGGUCUGAACUUCCUCGACCUAAGAAAGGCCAGAAAAAGCACGAGAAACCAGUGUGCAGAAAUCCCCAUAUCUAUUUGCUUGCUAUCAAAAAUCCACCAUCAUCAGGAAUGUAUAACAUCGCCACGAAGCACAAUUUAUCCUCUACUAAACGACCCGCGCCUUGUUCGUUAAGCAAACUUAACAAAAUGCAAUUUUUGAAUCAUAGUGAACAGAAAUGGCCGAGACUGUCAGACGAAUUUUUGCUCUGUAAAUAA